AUCAAUUACCAUUUCAAUAUCAAAAUGGGACUAUCAAAAUGGGAGGAAGAUCUUCUCAAGAAUGCAGAUGCUGUUAUAGAUAAGUCCCCAAUGGAAGACCUCUAUGCUGGUGUGUUCUUUAACAAAAAUAGAAAGAAGUAUUGGAUUGACAAGGCAACAUUUGGCAACUGCUUCAUGGUUUUUGCAAGGGACUUUUCAGUCGCAUGGGGUAGUGACAAACGUUAUUGGGAUUGGCCAAGCAUUAAAGAAACAAGUGAAGUGUUUAUAGAUGUUGCGGAAUUGAUAAUGGUUUGUUGGUUAUCGGUGGGGUCGAAAUUUGACACAGCCAAUUUAACAGCUGGAAUGAAUUAUGAGGUUGUAUUUGUGAUGAUGCUUAAAGAAGAUAGUUAUGGGUGGAGUGAUCCUGUCACUUUUAGACUCGACCUGCCAAACGGAAACAAACAACAACAUGAAGAAAGCUUGCUUAAAAAGCCAAGAUCGCAGUGGUUUGAGAUUCAGGUGGGAGAGUUUAUGGUGGAACCAAAAAACGAUGGAAUUAUCAAGUUCAUGUUGGGAGAAACUGAUUCCGGGGGUUGGAAGAGAGGUUUAGUCGUCAAAGGUGUGGUCAUCCGACCAAAAAAGUGAGACUUGGGAGUUGGGAAUACUCGAAAUAUCUUAUUUGUUGGGCUCUAUACUUACUUAUCGGACUAUAUAUAUUUGUUAUGUAAUAAUGGAUGAGGAUUCCCAAUUUUUCCAUGCAUCAAAUUUGGGUACUAGUUGAUACUGAUUGGAUCGUAUUUGCUAUUUUAAUGUAUUGUGUAUUGUGUUAUAAAUAAGAUGUGUAUUGAGGUGCAGUAUAAAGUGCUUAGGUCCCUAAUUUGGAACAAUGUUGAUUCAAUCAUAUUUAUUUAUUAGAUGGUC